AAGAAUACGGUAGCAGGUGCCAGAAGUGCCUGCUUCUUAUCUGCUGUCCUCUCGGACGAAAUUACAGGAUGGCACAGUGGGGUGCCAUAUUCUCAAUCAUUGCUGCUCUUGGAGGAGCAGCGCUCUUAGCCUCUGUGCACAAGAUCGAUGAGGGACACACUGGAGUUUACUACAGGGGAGGGGCUCUCCUGACCACCACCAGCGGCCCUGGUUUCCAUCUAAUGCUUCCAUUCAUCACUACCUACAAGUCUGUCCAGACGACGCUGCAGACAGAUGAGGUGAAGAACGUACCAUGCGGCACGAGUGGAGGAGUGAUGAUUUACUUUGACCGCAUAGAAGUGGUGAACUACCUCAUUCCAUCAGCAGUAUACGACAUAGUGAGGAACUUCACAGCAGACUACGACAAAGCUUUGAUAUUCAAUAAGGUUCACCAUGAACUCAACCAGUUCUGCAGCGUUCACUCACUACAGGAGGUGUACAUCGGCUUGUUUGACCAAAUCGAUGAAAACCUGAAGUUGACACUACAAGAGGAUCUAACAUCCAUGGCACCUGGACUGAUCAUACAGGCGGUCCGUGUCACCAAACCCAAUAUCCCAGAGAGCAUUCGCAGGAACUACGAGCUCAUGGAGAGUGAGAAGACGAAGCUGCUGAUCUCUCAGCAGACACAGAAGGUUGUGGAGAAGGAGGCAGAGACAGAGAGGAUCAAAGCUGUGAUAGAGGCUGAGAAAGUGGCACAAGUGGCAGAGAUCAAGUUUGGACAGAAAGUCAUGGAGAAGGAAACAGAAAAAAAGAUCUCUGAAAUUGAAGAUGGUGCUUUCCUGGCCCGGCAGAAAGCCAAAGCAGAUGCAGAGUUCUAUACAUCACAGAGAGCUGCUGAGGCCAAUAAGCUGAAGUUAACACCAGAGUACCUGCAGCUAAUGAAGUACAAGGCCAUCGCAGCCAACAGCAAAAUCUACUUUGGGAACGACAUACCCCACAUGUUUGUGGACUCUGGCUCCGCAGGGAGCUCUAUCAAGGCCUCUGCAGCCAUGGACAUUGUUGGUGAGCAGAUCUUGGACCUGGAUUAGCAAGGAAAGUAGCAAAACCCAUAGGACCAUCCAGGGUUGGAGGACUAUCUGCUGGAGGGCAGGAGCCUGGCCCACAGGCUGGCUGGCUGGCUGGCAGGCAGGUUCUCCCACUGGCCCAGAGAAGCUCUGCUGACCAGGGUCCGUAUUUCUCAACCAUCACAAUUAGAAAUCACAUUUAAGUUUGGCAGUAAAAUUCUCCUCCCUCACAGCAGAGGACUGGAGUUAUUUAGGAGGAGAGACUGAGAUUGUUUAGACUCUGUAAAUUUGGUGGAAGAAAAGCUAGACAAAAUAGCAUCACCUGUGGGUGUAUAAUAAGCUCCUUUUGACCAAAACAGUUAUUUAAAGGCAUUGGCCCUGCUGCUGUUCAGCUCUUGUGGUCUGUGCAUCAAGUGCGCUCUGUCCAUUCAGCCACGACAUGAAGGAUCACAUAUCCAUUACCACUGCUAUUACAUUACACACUACCCAUUUGCAUGCACAUCCUCAUUGAGCAUUUGAAACAGUGCUGUUUGCAACCUGUUGAUUCUGAAGUAGAAGAUGCAAGGGCAGGGGAAUUACUUAAAUUCAGUCGCAGCUGUGAGCAAAUAAGAUAAUGGUUAUUUGAGUUGCGUCGUCCUUGUUGCAUGGCUUGAUUGUUCACUAACCCCUGACUCCCUGUGUUACUGUUGCUUUGACUGUCAAGCUUUCCGUUCUUGCAUGGCACAUAUAGAUUUUUGCACUGAUAACCAUCGAAGUAAUUUUUGUAACAAUCGGUCCAUAAUUCCAGACAGAGGUAGACAAAAGCAACACACUGACAGCAUCCAGGACCAGCCUCCACACAGUGGGGGAAAACUACACCGAGGAUGUGCGAAUCAUGAAUGGCGCUUUUUUUUAUCAUAGCUUGUAACCUCACAAAGUAAUGUAGUUAGUUAAUGACAGGCUAACUGUUGGUCUUGGAAGUAACACUGGGCUGCUACUGUAGGUAGUAAGCAAGUUAGCUGGACAUGCUAACUGUUGCAUUUUAUUAUUAUGUUAGCACUAAUAAACUCAAAGUUUAUUCCAUUCCUUUAACUUUCGCUCAUGUUUUUUUUUUGGUUUUGAAAAGGUGAUUAAAAAACACGCCAUCACCAAACUAUUUAAAUGCAGACCAUCUCUCUCUCUACAGCGUAAUGCACACCACUUACGGACAGUCGCUGCUCAGCGGAGGGGUUUAGCAGUGCCAGGAAAAAGAAACGGUCAAAAGGCCUUUUAAUCCAUUAAAAUGCUGUUGUUAUUAUCAAUGACAUGUUGUACAUUACCACAAGUCCAGUGCAGGGAAGCUGCAGCUCUCCUAGAAGACAUGGAACGGCUUGAUAAGAUUAAGAAAUAGUUCAAAUAUGUGUCACUCUAAGGAUUGUAGGCCAUGAUUUCUUAGUCUGAACUGCUUGAAAAAUACGGGCCUGAGCAGAUUUGUCACUGCAGACAAAACAAAGGGGUGAUGAAUGUACUGUGUGCUAGCUGCUGGCUGUCAGAUGUUAUAUCAUCACUCCUUUUAUGUUUUUGUAACAUUUCUUUUGAGCACAGGGGACCUAUUGAACUCUAACUAAAUUUGUGCAGCUGUAUGAAGCUGUACCACAUUUUGCUGUAUAUGUAUGUAGCACUUUGUUUUUCACACUGUACAUUUAGUGGAGAGAUUAUAUUUCUGCAGCCGUUUGUAUCUGUUCUCCUUUAGGUGUUAAUUUGAAACGGUGCCCACUUGGAAAAGGUUGAAUUGAAUGAGAAACAGCAAAACUCAGAGUUGUCAGAACCAAACUACAGACAUGUGACGUCAGGUUUUCAAAAUGUACCAUUUUCACCUUUUUUUAUUAAGUUAAUGUAACCAUUUCACGUAUGUACUGUCAGAAUCUUUACAGGAUGUGCAUGGCAGUGAUUUGCCUUUGAGCCUUUGGCAACAGGACCCAUUUCCCUGGAGCAGAAAGCUGUUGUAUGAAGCGCAGUAUACAGGUUGACACUGAGGGACUCACCAUAUAACUAACCUACGUAUGUCAGAACUGUCUGCAGGAGUCAGUCUUUCAUUUUGGACACUUUCGUGUCAUAGAAAUCUUGAUCAGGACCAAAAACCAAGCUCAACAUGGAUGUGUGACUUCCUGUGGUGAUGUUGCACAGCACAGGAUGCGCUGUUGUGAGUGAAUGAGCUAAUGAUGUGUUUUUAAUGGAACCGCUCAUUUCAUUGUGUAGUUGAGGAAGAAGGUAGGCAGGUAUAUUUAGGCUUUUAUUGGGGGAAUUUGUCUUGUUUUUUGUUUUUUUUAAUUGGUUGAGCAGGCAACAGUGUCACUCACAUUUCACACCAUAAAAGUGAUAAAGUGUCACUGGCACUGCUGUUUGUCCAGUUAGCCCUCGAGGUGACUUCCAGUUGUCAUUUAAUAAGAAUCUCUGUGACUGAUUGGGACUUACAAUGACUUGAAGGGCAAAUGUUUUUGCACUGAUUUCAGUUGUGAAUGUGCAAUCAAGAUAUUGUCGUUUGACAGAGUAAAAUAAACUGUGGGUUAUUCUUUGAGAAA